AUGAAAGUUUGGUUUUAUAUUUGUGGAUGGUUGGUUUCCGCCUUAACAGCCCUUGGAAAUGGUUUCAUAGUUGUUUUCGUCGCUAAAACUCGCUGUCUACAUUCCCAGUCCAAUUGGUUCGUGUUGUCCUUGGCAGUAGCUGAUUUUGGGGUAGGAGUAAUCAUUUUCCCAUUCAGUUACGCAUCCUUAAGAUACCCAACUGCAGGGACGACCUUCAGCAAAUGGAUAUAUAUAACUGCUUACUGGUUUCUUGUUCACUCCUCGGUGGCAAAUCUCUGCAUUUUAACAUGGGAUCGUUACACAGCAAUCGUCCAUCCUCUUAGAUACAUAACUUCCAUAAUCAUGAGACGCGCUGGAAAAAUAAUCUUGUUCGCAUGGCUGAUUCCCUUGUUGAUAUCGCUAUUCCUCUUUCUUGGGAUGUUCACCGGGAGCUCACCCACUGUUUCAAAAGUGCUGCGUCUAACUGGUGUCUCUGGUUUUGACAUAUUGUGCUCAUCUCUGCUUGUCUAUGCUGUUGUCCGUAUUCUGGUCGUAGCUCGCUCGCAGUCACUCCAGAAUUCUGCAAUGGAGUCUCUCAGGAAGGAACUGCACACUCGGGCGUUGUUUACGACACCAUUUCGGCCUAUAAGACAUAAACACAGCUCAGCACGCUUCAUAAUUGCUAUAGUGGUGCUUUUCUUGGCAUGUAAUGUAGUAAAAAACUAUCUAAUCCUGAGAAUCAUGUUUGUUUCAGACGUGUCUGAGAAUGUUGCACUGGUAGUUACCGUUCUCUUGGUCGCCAAUUCGGCGGCCAAUCCUUUGGUUUACGCGUGUUUGAAACGAGACAUAAAAAGAGAACUGAGGCGGCUUAUCUGUAGGAGAGGUAAUAUUGAAACAACUGUGUAA